UUAUAGGGAACAAGGAGGCGUUUGGGAUUAAACCAGCGGCUAGUUUCAGUGGUGUAAACAUUUCUCCUUUUACAGUGUCCACUUACCUUAUGAGCGUCUUUAAGCCGUUUAUUUUGGGGGGGACGCUUGAACUGAUCGUGUCCGAAAGAAGGCAGUGCCCAAAAGAACAGGGCUGCUUUGUAAUUUGUGCCUUUCCGAGCUGCAAUGAGUGAUGUUGUUGAGAAGACCCUCAGUGCUCUCCCGAGUCUGCUGUCGCUGGAUUCUCAGCCUGGAGCCUCCAAACUUUCACCCACCUCCAAAUUAGGACACUUGGUCAGAAGCAUCACUGAGCUGACAUCCAAAAAUGAAGAAGAGAAGCUCAUCACUAAAGAGCUGGCUGCUAUUAAAGAGCAGAUAUCAUCACCUAAUACUACAAUGAGACAAAUGAGGGAGCUGAUGGUGAGAGCUAUGUAUUGUGAGAUGCUCGGAUAUGAAGCUUCCUUUGCUUACAUCCAUGCCAUCAAGUUGGCUCAGCAAGGCACAGUACUGGAGAAGAGAGUCGGUUACCUUGCAGUGUCACUGUUUCUUAAUGAGAGUCAUGAACUGCUAUUACUACUGGUCAAUACAGUAUUAAAGGAUCUUCAAAGCACCAACCUCAUUGAGGUCUGCAUGGCUCUGACUGUUGUAAGUCAGAUAUUUCCCAAAGACAUGAUCCCAUCCAUUCUGCCCCUGGUAGAAGAGAAGCUGUCUCAUCAAAAGGAAAUCAUUAGACGGAAAGCGGUGCUUGCUUUGUACAAAUUCUAUCUGAUCGCGCCAAAUCAAGUGCAGCAUAUUCACAAGAAGUUUCAUAAAGCCUUGUGUGACAAAGAUCCUGGAGUCAUGAUGUCCUCUUUACACAUCUACCUGCAGAUGAUAAAGGAGAACCCAGACAAUUACAAGGAGCUGACAAGCAGCUUUGUGACCAUCUUGAGGCAGGUGGUUGGAGGGAAACUGCCUCUGGACUUUAACUACCACAGUGUCCCUGCUCCAUGGCUGCAGAUCCAACUGCUCCGUAUCCUGUCUCUGCUGGGGAAAGAGGACCAGAGCAUGAGUGAGCUGAUGUACGAGGUCUUAGAUGAGUCUCUGCGCCGAGCAGAAAUGAACCACAACAUAACUUAUGCAAUUCUAUACGAGUGUGUGAAGGCGAUCUAUACUGUAUACCCUAAAGCUGAGCUGCUAGAAAAAUCAGCUAGAUGCAUUGGAAACUUUGUGCUGUCUCCGAAGAUUAACCUGAAGUACCUGGGGUUGAAAGCUUUAACAUACGUGGUUCAGUAUGAUGCCAACCUCGCGCUGCAGCACCAGAUGACUAUUAUAGAGUGUUUGGAUCACACAGAUCUCAUCAUCAAGAGAGAGACCUUAGAGCUGCUCUUCAGGAUCACGAAUGCUCAGAACGUUACUGUGAUCGUGGAGAAAAUGUUGGGAUUCCUCCGGCUUUGUAACGAUAACUACACCAUCAUUGAUCUUGUGGGAAAAGUGGCUGAGCUAGCUGAAAAGUAUGCUCCAGACAAUGAGUGGUUCAUUCAGACUAUGAAUGCAGUGUUCUCUCUGGGUGGUGACCUCAUGCAGCCAGAUAUUCCCAACAACUUUCUCAGGCUGCUCGCAGAGGGUUCAGAUUUUGAGGAGGACGACCGACAUCUUAAGCUCUAUGCAGUUGAUUCGUAUCUGGCACUGCUGAAGGGUGACUGUUCUCACCUACCCCAGUGCUUCUUGCAAGUCAUCAGCUGGGUGCUUGGAGAGUACUCAAGCAUGAGAGAAGGCCUGGACCAGCGUGUGGUGAUGGUACUCCUGAAGAAGCUGUUGGAGCAGAGAGGAGUGUGCUCAGAGACCAGGAGCUGGGUGCUAUGUGCCCUCACUAAGGUGUGUCAGAGCUCUGGAUCUACAGAGCUGGUACUGGAGCUGGCAGAGAGCUUUGCCUUGUCCCUGGACACGGUGCUGCGCCAGCAGGCUUAUGAGCUGCAGUGUCUCAGCCAGGACUCACAGAUCCACGCUCGGGUACUGCUCCAAUCCUGGGACAGCACACAGGUGGACUCCUCUCUCUCGUUUUUGGAUGGGUUUGUAUCUGAAGCUCUAGCUGCAGGUGCUGCUCCUUAUAAACCUCCUCAUCAGAGACAGGAAGAGCUGUGUCAGCAGAGAUCUCUGAGUUUGGAGCCGUAUGGACUGUCUCUGCCUGUGAGUGUGUCCUCCUGUGCACUCACAGAAAGGCAGUCCCCGACUGUGCUCUCCUUAAGCUCUGGCCUCUCUGGUAACAGCAUGGAACCAGCCCUUAGGAUAGGAGCAAGCACACUUGUGCUGGAGGGUGUGAAGAGAGUGUGGGGGAAGGAGGGUUAUCUGCCUCAGAAAGAAGUUUUAGAAUCCUCAGCAGUAGUAGACAAGCUGAAUAGUGUACUUCAGUCAUCCAACAAGGAAGUGACUACACACGAUUCCCAGUUUGAGCCCGAACUCGAGCCUGAAACUGAGCCUCCACAUGUAGACCAGGAGAAGCAGCAGCUGGCAUCAUCUCUAUUUGUUGGACUGGGCUCACAAAACUGCACAUCUCUGUUGGAGAAAAUUGAAGCUCCAGCACCUCGAUUCAGACGAAAACACCGGCAGCACGAGUCAGCAUCAUCAUCAUUGAGCACCAGCGAGGGAUCUACAAAUUCUUCCCACUCUUCCCGGUGCAGGACUGACAACUUAUACGAUGGCUUGCUUGAAGAGGAGCCAAUUGCACACGUUCAGAACUCAAACCACACCCUGAAGUCCAUUACAUUUAACGGCUGUAAUACGCCACAGACAUGCGCAACCAUUUCGCCCAACAGUUUGGAUGAAAAUGAAGCUGACACUGUUGAUAUGCAGAAGAUCAGACCUUUAGCAAAUGAUGCAUCAGUUGUGCCUCAAAACGGAUGUUCUGACAUCACUGUUCUACAGUUACCAUCGGAACUGGAAGACCUGCCUCACUCUAACAUUAUCAGCUUGACCUCUGACCCCCACCUGUCCAUCUCUUGCUGCCGUGUCUACAAAGACGAUGCUCUACUGCUUGUGCUGUUCAUCUGUAACACCACAGAGAUGCCAAUCCACAAUGUCACUGUCGAACUGAGCUGUGAGGAGCUGGAGAUGUCGAGUCUAAGAGGAAAUGUGAUGGAGUGUCUGGACAGUAGGGAUUCAUCAGUGUGUCAUUACACUUUGCUGAUGGAGAAACCUCACAUACAAGUGACCUUCAGAGGAUCGGUGUUGUACCAAACACAGUCUGGAUAUUCAGACACUCUACUGUUCUCUGGCAAACUCUCCACUGCGGACUUCAUAAGGCCGCUGAUGCUGAGCACAGAGGAGUAUGGGAAAUUAUGGCUAUCCUUCUCUAAUGAUGUGAAGCAGAACCUGAAACCUCUGACAGGUUCUAGAGGUCCUCUCAUAACCUCUUUUAAUGCUCUUCAGGAAAGCCUUCGACUACACACAGUGCACAUUAUUGGGUCAGAGGGCAUUGCGGCCUGUCGUCUGCUGAGUGGCGCCCCCUGCCUGAUGCACUGUCGUGUACACGGCAUCUCUCUGGCUGUUUGGCUGCGUUCUCCUUUACCUGCUUUCCCUGACUGUCUCCUCUACCACUGCCAGAGAGUCCUGCAAGACCCCUGAGCUUCAACAACUGCAUCAAUCAUCUACUGAAACGUUUUACAAUCUUUCUGCUAACCGAGUAUGAUUGAAGAUUAGGAAUGAAAAGCCUGUGUGUGGAUGUGAUCAGAUCUUCCUUGAAGAUAUGACUGACUGUAAAGCAAUAUAUGUCAACUUUUUUUUUUUAAACUCCUUUAUAAUCCUAAUGUUUUUUUUUCUACUUGAACCCAAUUCCUGAGCUAAGGUGAUGUCACACUAAAGGUGUAUAUGAAAAAAUAUAUAAAUAUAUAUUUAUUGGUUUUCCUAUCUUAAAUCUUUAAAUGUUUUUCUUUUUCUUCCACAUUUGAACAGACAUGUUUAAUAUUCAUAUGUUUAAUUUGUUACUGUUUAAAUACAGCAGUAUUUGUUAUAAAAGACAAUUAAUGAA